AUGAAGGCCGCUGUGUGCACGGCCGCUGGCACUCCCCUCGUCGUCCAGGACAUGGCCGGCCCCGCGUCGCCGCCGGACGCGGGCAAGGUCAUCAUCAAGACCGCCGCCGUCGCCGUCAACCCGUUUGACGCGGCCAUGCAGACGUACGGCGCGGCCAUCUUUUCGUUUCUGAAGUUCCCGGUCGUCUUUGGCGAGGACGUGGCGGGCGUCGUCGAGGAGGUCGGCGCCGGCGCGCCGUUUGCCGUGGGGGACCGCGUGGCCGGCCUGAGCCUGCGGGCGGGCUUCCAGGAGCGGGUGGUGCUGGAGGCGCACAUGGCGUACCGGGUGCCGGCGGCGGUGCCGUUUGCGGCGGCGGCGUCGCUGCCGAUGGGCGUCAUGGUGGCCAUGUUUGGGCUGUUCCACCCCACGUACCUGAACUUGCGGACGCCGUCGCCGACCGGUCCUCCCCCUGCCCCGGCCGCCGGGUCCCCCGAGGUCGUCCUCAUCUGGGGCGCGUCCACCAGCGUCGGCAGCCAGGCCGUGCAGAUGGCCGCGCGGGCCGGCUACGAGGUGAUUACGACGGCCUCGCCGGCGCGGUUCGCCGCGGCCAAGGCGCUCGGCGCCGCGCACGUCUUCGACUACGGCUCGCCGACCGUGGUCGACGACAUCAAGGCCGCCGCCGCGGGCAAGACCGUGGUCGGCGCGUUUUGCAACGGCGGCACCCAGCGCGCCGCGUUUGCCGGCAUCAUUGCGGCCUGCGCCGACGUCGUCCGCGGCCAGGCGCGGCCGUUCUUGGCCCUGACCAUGGUGAUGCCGCCCGGGGGCGUGCCGGCGGGCGUCGAGGGCAAGUUUGUUGAAGGCGUGCACGAAGACCCGGCGUUUACGCAGUCGUUCUUGGGCACGGACGGCUUCCUCCCCCGCGCGCUCGAGGCCGGGACGUACCAGGUGGCGCCGGCGCCGCAGAUUGUGGGCCACGGACUGGAGGCGCUGCAGGGCGGCCUGGACAUGGUCAAGGCUGGCGUGUCGGCGACCAAGGUGGUGGUGACUCUUCGAUUUGUUACAUACAUCCAAACUACAAACAUACUCCAUGCUAUCGUCAUCACUGCCGUCGUCGCUGUCGCUGCUGUCUUCGCUGUCCUCGCCAUUGUCGUAGCCCAACUAUUACACGAAUUCUCAGUAACAGUAUACACAGAGAGUAGCCGCUUCUCAGCUACUCUCUCAGCUGCUCUCUCAGCUACUCUCUCAGCUACUCUCCCUCACUCCGGCCCCGGCGACUGCCGCCGCUCCACACCCACCAGCGCCCGCUCCUCCAUCAGCCGGCUGUUCACCCCAAUCGUCUCGUGGUCUUCGCUCGCCUCGCCCGCAAUGCACGUCCAGUGCGUCAUGCACCCGCAGUGCGCACACCGCACAAACGCCAGGCUCGCCCGCGUGCCGUCGUCGUCGGCGCGCACAUACGUCGCCAGCCCCGGCAGCGGCUCGGCCGACUGGGCGGCGGGCGCGGCGGCGGACACGGACGGGUGGCCCUCGACCUCAAUAGUGAUGCUGGCGGUCUUGUAG